AUGUCUGAAAAAAAGAAUAAUAAAAAAAAAAAGCAUAAAUUGUUAUUAGUCCAAGAAAAUGGAGUAAGGACCAAUUCGUUGGAAAAAUAUACAGGGUUAGGUACCUGCAUUUUUUAUCGCUUUAAUAAAAAUAAAAAGACAGAAGAAAAAUAUUACGGCUAUUUCUUAGAAGGCAAAAAACAUGGAUACGGUCAAUAUAUAUAUUAUAAUGGUGAUGUGUAUAAAGGGACGUAUGAGCAUGGUAAGAAAAGUGGUAUAGGCACUUAUAUAUAUAAUAUUGAUAAGAAAAUAAAAAAAAAGAGAAAUGAAAAAAUAAAAGGAAGCGAUGAAGAAAAGGAGAGUGACAAAGAAAUGGACGAUGAUUCUAAUGGAGAGAUAAAAAUCGAAGAAAAGGAUGAACAAAGUGAUGAUAAUAAAAACUAUGAGGAGGAUAAGUCCGAUUCUGAAUUAUUAAAAAAAAAUAAAUUGUGCAAAGAAUUAAUCGCACUUAUAAAAAAUAUGAAUAAAAAAAAAAAGGAAAAGAAGAAAAAAAUGAAACUUCCUUUAGAAAAGGAAAGAUGUUAUUAUUAUGGAAAUUAUAUUAAUGGAUUGAAGCACAAUGAAGGUAUGAUGGUAUAUGAGAAUGGAGAUGUCUAUGUAGGGACGUGGAAAUUCGGAGAGAAAAAUGGACCUGGUAAAUAUAUAUAUAAUAAAUGUAAGAGUACAUUAGAAGGUAAUUGGGCUGAGGGAUAUUUAUCAUAUGGAAAGUGGACACUUCCAAAUGGUAUGUAUUUUGUUGGGAGAUUUCGAGAAAAUAAACCUACCGGAGAUGGCUCUUGGAUUUUCAACAAUAAAACACAAGUAAAUGUAUUUUAUCAUGAGAUAUAUAAUGAGAAAAGUAAAAAAGAAAAAGAAGCAAGAUAUGUAAAGAAUUCAAAAAUGUUCUUAAUAUUCAAUUCAUAUUGUAUUACAUCCACUGGGUGUUAA